AUGAACCUCAUAGUUCUCAGGCCACGGAGACGGGAGCUGUUGCUGUGGGUUGGGCUGGUUCUCGUGCUGAGACACCGCAAUGGUGCUGCCCACAAACUGGUGUGUUAUUUCACCAGCUGGGCACACAGUUGACUGAAUCCUGCUUCGAUCUUCACCGACCUGGACCCAUUUCUUUGCACCCAAUGUUUGAGGGUUUCUGAGAACUGCCUUCCUUUCCUCCAGCCACAGACUGUGCCCUCCACAGGGUGGGGAGCAAGGAGCCUUGUGGGAGGUCGUGGUUCUGCAGACAAUGUGAGGUUCACCACUAUGCUGUCCACACCCAACCGAGAGACGUUUAUCAAUUUGGUUAUAUCCCUCCUGAGGACACACAAUUUCAAUGUUCUGGACCUCUGCUUCUUGUACCCUGGACUAAGAGGCAGCCCCAUGCAUGACCGCUGGACUUUUCUUUUUACUUUCCCGGAGCUCCCGUUUGCCUUCCAGAAGGAGGCCCUGCUCACCACAAGGCCAAGACUGCCGCUCCCCGCUUCCGUCUCAGGGGACACUCGCAUCAUCCAAACAGCUUAGGACGGGCCCCGGCUAGGCAGACUCCUGGAUUUCAUCAUUGUCUUGUCUCACGAAUUACAUGGAAGCUGGGAAAGGUUCACGGGACAUAACAGCCUCCUGUUCUCUCUGCCUGGAGACGCCAAAUCUUCGGCAUAUGCCAUGAAUUACUGGCGAAAGCUGGGGGCACCCUCAGUGAAGUUACUCUUGGGGUUCCCCACCUAUGGACGUACAUUUCACCUCCACAAAGCCUCUAAGAAUGGGUUGCAGGCUGAAGCUGUGGGACCUGCGUCUCCAGGGAGGUACACCAAGCAAGCUGGCUUCUUGGCUUAUUGUGAUAUAUGUUCCUUUCUCCAGAGAGCGAAGAAGUGCUGGAUUGAUUAUCAUUAUGUCCCACAUGCCCACAACGGGGAGAAGUGGGUUGACUAUGAUGAUAUCAUCAGCUAUCCUCCUAACCAUCCUGCAUUGUUCAUAAAGAGAGAGCAUUUGCGGACAGGGAGGGCCGUGGUGCGGACAUUGGACCUGGAUGACGUCAGGGGCACUUUCUGUGUCCCUGGCCCUUCCCCCCUUGUCCACAUGUUGAAUAAUCUCCGGGUGCAGGCUGGUAAGCAGCUAUGACCUGGAAGCUGGGGUUGGAAAUUGCAUAAGCAGGCACUGGGUGGGUCCCUUGUGUUAGAUCCAAAGGCUUUGAUUAUUCUCAGGCCAGUCUGUUUUCUAACCUUGGUUUGGGUGUGUGCUCCCUUUGACGUCUCUGAGCUUUGUUUCCCGUAUCUGUAACACGGGAAUAAUCCUUAUAGUCAUGACAUUAUUGUAAGAACUAAAUGAGAUACGGAAUGAAAACUGUGCUGGCUCACAGCUAACAGUCAAUAUAUAUUAGUUUAUUUCUGUUUGUUUGUUUUUUUCUCCUGCUUUCAUGGGACAAGGGCCAGAAAAGGAAAUGAGGUUUCUUUUGAUAGCUCUUUGAUAGUGGAGCCUGCCCGGGCAGAUGGAAAACGGAACCUGGCAUGCUAGAGCUGAAACAUCCUUGGAGAUGGUGUACCGCCCUCGUUGAAUGGAUAAGGAGACUGCGACUCAGAAAGAGUCCAGCUCAACUCCACGAUGUUGGCUCCCAGCUGCUAUGAAUGUUUCAAGAACUAGCCCUGACCGGCUGACCGGUGACCAAGGCAUUGACCACGGAUUCGGGAAUUUGUUCCCAGAAAGAGAGGCUGUGGCCACUGAGACCCAGAGGAAGACUGAAAAUAAGACCACAAUUCCCAGAGGUGGGAUUGUGAGCCCUGCAAGGGAAACUGUGUCCUUUGGAAAGCACAUUGUAGUCCUAGAAGGGAACACUGAGACACCUGGAGAGAAGACCAUAACCCCUGUGGGUCAUCAGUCUGUGACCCCUGGAGAGGUGACUACGACCUCUGUGCCCCUUCAGACUGAGACCUCUGGAGGGAAGACCAUGGUCCCUAGAAGGAAGGCUACAGCCCCUGAAAAGAUGACUUAUCUCCUCUGGAAAGAUGACAGUCACCCUUGAUGGGGAGACUAAGACUCUAAGAGAAGAGCAUUUGACUUCUGAGGUGGACACUAGUUCUUCUCCCCCCCGCCCCAAUAGGUUACUUUGGUCUUUAGAUGGAAGUUGAACAGGAUGCUACCCUCUGGCCCUGUCAUCUAGCUCCCAGGACACAUUCCUCUUGUGACACCCCUUUUGUUUCUCUGAUGGAAACCAUUGUUCUGUCAACUUGAUGACCCUUCCAACAAGCCCCCUCUGUCUAAAGAAAGAAAACCCAGGAAUUUGCUGUGGAUCAAGAAGCCUAAGCUCUGUGGGUGGCAAAAGCUGGGGAAAGCCCUUGUCUUUUCUUCCGGGUCAGCUGACAGUAGCUGCCUAUAGCCAGCGAUUCAUAAACCAUUUGGGGCAGAGCAGGCCUCAAAGCCGCAGUGAGUCCAUCUCUUUUCUGUUGAAUAAAUUAGAAACACAAGGACCCAUUCGAGUUCUCUGAAAUGAUUUUCUUGAAGUGACCUGUACAAUCCAAUAUGUAUCAGCUUCUCUUUUUCAAGGUCACUUUCUCCUACUGCUAUUUUUGGACAGGGAGUUGUGUCUCGCCCACACUGAUGUUUUCUAGUGUGGAUUAUGUGCUUCCUUCUCUGUCAUGAAACUGCUCACGGCGCUGUUGGUCAGAGCCAGAGUCUCUUCUAGAGAAGUUUUCCUCAAUCCUCAAGGGAGACUGGAGGAAGGAAGGGGAAGUUGAAUCUUCCAAUUAUAUUCCCUGCUUGGUAAAAAUCUGAGUUGUUUCUGAAAAAACACCCCCACCCAUUCUCACCAUAAGAAGUGGUUGAGCGAAAGGCAAAACAGUAUUUUCGUGUGUUACCUGCACACUUCUCCUGGGUCUUCUCUGGAAACAUCAAUUCCCUCUUCCUACACAUUGCAAUCGACCUGUGGAGUGUUUCCUGGGCAUGACUGACACUCAGAAGUUCGUAUAGACACAGGACCAAUUUCUAGCCCUCCCUUCUGGGAGACAAGGAGGCUCGGCUCUGAGUGGGUGUCAUACCCAUCACUGAUGUUACCUUUUCUUUUAGAAGUGCAGCCUCCAAGUCUUUAAGAUCAGGGUCUGAAAUUAUCAUGCCCGUGGGUCCAGGCACCUAUCAAAAAUGAUUUAAGCAGGUGAAGAUGUUUCUACACAUGUGUGGGUACACGGCCACAGGCCCAUGUUGUCACAGCAUAAAUCACAAAUCAGUUAAAUUGCAUAACAAACCAACCCCGAAGCAUAGUGGCUUACAAAACAGGGUAGACAGGGAAAGGCUGACAGGAACGCUGUGGUGUUGGCCUCGGAGGCAUCAGUAGAAAAUCAUGGUUCUAAAAGUAUAUACAGGUUGAUCAAUAUAAAAAUGAAUAGAA